AUACGGUCAACACGCGCAUGUCUUUGUGUCCGUGCCAGUGCCGCAUCCAACAUUCACUUUUCGCAUAUCCUAUGUGUUAAUAUACUAAUACUAUACUAAUAAUAAAUGUGAACAACAUUACUGUUAUAGUGUUGCAUUCUAAAAUUAAUUACUGCUAGAAUUUGGAAGUUUUUAAGUUUCAAAAAAGUUGCAGUGAUAUAUGCCGCUCUGGUGUAGCGUUGUAAACAAAUUUAAAAUAUCUUAAAGAAACAGUGAUUCGUGCAUAAUAAUCAAAAUACACACCAGAUAGGAACUUCAAAUACAUAGAUUCUACAAUAAAUUCAGAAACACUACUCUGAUAUAAGGCAAAUAUUGUCCGUGUUAUUAAAAAAACAAAAGCACAAAAUGUGAAGUGAAUUGAUUAAACGAGUGAGAAAAAUACAUAAUACAUCCGGAUUUUUAAAUAGCGAAUCAUAUGUGAAAAUGAAGUGUCACGUGAACUGAAUGUCAAAAUGGACUCUGAUAUGGAUGUGCAGAACUUCUUCAACUGUGCCCAGCAGAUUCUGCCCAGGGAUAACCUGUCGAACCUCAACGCUACUCAGAUGGUCGAUCUGUUGAGCAGCGAGAUACUUGCCGAUAUUAACCUCAAGGUUAAACUAGGCAACUGCAUGGGACUCGGCGAGCGUCCCUUCAGCCCACCAUGGUGGGCCCAGUUCGCAUGGUUCAUAGUGUUUGCAGUCAUGCUGCUUCUAGCUAUCGUCGGGAACACCCUAGUCAUAUGGAUAGUUCUCGCUCACCGACGCAUGAGGACAGUUACCAACUACUUCCUCGUCAACUUGGCGGUCGCUGACCUCCUCAUGGCAACCCUCAAUGGCGCACCCAACUUCGUGUUCCUAGUGACCGCUCACUGGCCCUUCGGAGCCGCUACGUGCACUGCCAGCAAUUUCACUGCCAACUUGACUGUGUCUGCUGGAGUCUUCACACUAGUCGCUAUUACCGUCGAUAGGUACGUGGCUAUCGUGAAGCCUCUGCAGCACAGGCUGAGCCGCAAGGUAGCGCGGUCAGCGCUUUUCACAGUUUGGUGCGCCAGCGCUUUAUUGGCACUGCCCAACCUCCUUUAUUCCGACACCUACAAAAAACAGUACAUAAACGGCGAAAGAGAAAUAUGUUUCAUAAAGUGGCCAGACGGUAGCUACCCAACCUCAAAAACUGACUAUUGCUACAACCUCGUGUUUCUUGCGGUGACGUAUGUCGUGCCCAUGUCUGUGAUGGUCUGGGCGUACGCACGUAUGAGUGCGGCUCUCCGCGGACGGGCCAUUGGCGAGUGCACUCAUCACCAGUUACAGGUCGUCAGAGCUAAAAGAAAGGUAGUGCGCAUGUUCGUGCUUGUAGUGAUGGUGUUCGCACUGUGUUGGCUGCCGUACCACUCAUACUUCGUGCUGGUGUACCACCACCAGUCCCUGGCCUCGUCGCCCUUCUCACAGCACAUAUACCUGGGCUUCUACUGGCUCGCCAUGGCGAACUCCAUGUUCAACCCGCUCAUCUACUACUGGAUGAGUAAUAAGUUCCAAAUAUAUUUUCGAAUGGUGUUAUGUUGGUGCCGCCCAUCCAAGACUGAAACUCCUAAUGAUUUGAAGAAAUUAGAUAUGAACAGAUCAUUUUCAGUAAGCCAGAGGCAUUACCGCGACCCUUCUUCCUUCAGCCGAGCAUGACAUUCGCGGAGGCGAAGCCAUCUGUCUCAGUCCCUCCCUGCUAACGAUCAUUCGAACGCCACGGAGCUUCUAACUAAUGGUAACGCCGUGAGGAUGAAUCCCAGGGGAGAGAGAGACUGUGAUAGUCACUUUUAUGAGUGUGAUGAUAGAUUAUAAGUAACCUAGUGGUGGAACUAAGGAUGCUAAGUUCAGUACAAGGUGAAAAUAAGUGCUAGUAGAUUUUUUUAUAAUUACACUAAAUGGUAAUGACAGAUUGAGUGAUCAAGAAUUGUGCUAAUUUAGAACGUUUCAUUAUUGAUGAUUAAAAUGUUUUAUGUUGUAUAUUUAUUGUUGAUAUGUUGAAUGUUGGUUUGGUAAUAUCGAGUGGAAUGCUGCAAAACUGUGUAAUCCUAAUCCUAACAAAUAUUAUACAUCCGAAAGUAAGUUUGUUUGUUACCUCAUUAUGUCUUAUCUGUUUAACCAAUCUUCUUGAAUAAAUGUACCCGUGGGAAAUAACGCGGGCGAAGCCGCGAGCAAAAGCUAGUUUGUAAUAAAUUAAUUCGCUUUUACUUCGGUAAUUCAAGAUGACAAAAAUGAAAUUAAAUACUCGAUUAUUAUAACACCAGUUAUUUUAUUAUGGGGUUUAUUAUGGGGCCAAAUUCUCAUGCAAUGAAUUCAUUUCGUGUAGGUUUUGCAAAUAAUUCCCUAUAAAAAAUCUCAAUCUAAAACGCUGGUUGUUGUUUGUUGAAGUUUUUCAAUUGCGAAUUUUGAAAAUCUUCGAUCUUGGUCUACUUGUCAACAAUUUCUCUCUUCUUAACUUAAACUCUCUUAUUUUAACGUGAAUUAAUAAUGGAGUUGCAUGUGCAUUCAAUCAACACAACAGAAAAUUAACUGACAACAUCUAAUGCAAAUUUUAAUGAUCUUAUUUAUUUUUAUUCCAAUUUAAAUUAUGAUUACUCACUUAACGUAAAAUAAAGCUUUUGUCUUGUGAAUUUUAAUAUUUAUUUAUUUUUGUAAACAGACAACAUGUACGUGUACAAACAUUGAAUACAUACAAAAAGAAAAAAUACAUAAUGUUAUUAAAAAUCCCGUGAAAUAUCCCAACGUAAAUCUGUUGCUGUUAAUGUGUUUGUUUUAUUUCAUACAUUAUGGGUGUAAAGUUUACAAUUUAUUCUACCUAUAUGUAUAUUAGCUAUUAUCGUACAAUCGUAGCUACAAAAAAAUCAUAAAUUAUAACUGUACUAUACUGUAUAUAACUGUAUUAUAACUGUACUGUACUUUUCACGUCAAAUUAUAGUAACUGCCGAUAUGUUUAGACUGGCUAUGUUGCUUGUAGCUUUUCCGACAGAUUUAUUUGAUUCCGAUAAGUACUUAUCCAGCAAAAAUAAAUGUUCGUAAGAACGGUCAUAAAAUAAGUUAGCUCCUGUGUUCAAUCACAGUUUCAUUAAGAAUUUAUAUAGAAAUAGAAGCAACAUUUUCGGUAACAUUCAUAAAUCUAUCUUGGUGGGAAUCUAACUAUCUACGAUCAAAAUAAAAAUAAAUGCUUGCUGUGCUCAGUUUAACGUCACUCAAGAAAAACAUUUUUCUUAGUAUAAUCAGAAUAUUUUAUUCAAGCAUUAACCCCGAGAUUACAGAAAAGCUACAGCAUUAGAUGAAUAAACAACACGUUGUUGAAUUAACAAGACUGUUGAAUUAAUGUCCGUAGGUGCACUUUAUACACUAAAUUAAUGUACCAAAAUAAUUAAAAUUCAACUGUGACAGUAUCUAGAUAGCAAUCUGUGUUUACAUUAGGUAGGACCAUUAACUUUACGGCUAAUGAACCCUAGAAAAUAAUAAAAUUGCAAACUUACAUAAUAAAUUGAGUAGGUACUACCUAGUACUUGAAGUAAAUCAUUUAUAAAACUUUAUUUUAGAUGACACAAGGU